AUGAAGGAGCAGUUUACAAAAGAUUUUUCUGCCCGUUACACCUAUCUUCAAGAUCUUCUCUACUCGGCCUCAGCACUCGACCCACGUUUCAAAGACUUGUCAUUCUUGGACGACAGUGACACCACCAAAGACAUGGUCUUCAUGAAGAUUACAACAGCAGUGUUGAAGAUGAGUGAUAUGGUUUUGGAUGAAGAUGUGCCAGCUGAAGAGGACAACAGGAGCCCAAAAAGUGAAGAAGAUGAUACAGAUCAUUCACCUCCUAAGAAGAAGACCGCACUGGACCAGAUGUUUGGAGAUCUGCAGUGUCAGAGGGUGCAGAAGAAGACCAUUCAGGACAGAGCUAAGGAGGAAAUCUUAAAUAAACCAUCAGACGCCGUGAUGGAGGGACCUUGCUCCCCGGAACACGCCGCUGUUCUGACGGACAGUAUUCUGAACAUGCUGGUCACCGACAUGCGCCCGCUGAGCAUGGUGGACGAUGUCGGCUUCAAGGCCAUGAUCGCCACUUUCCAACCUAAUUAUGUGCUUCCUACGCAGACCUACUUAACAAAGCGGUUGGAAGAAAAGUUUGAAGAACUAAGAGCCAAGAUGAAGACGGCUCAGCGGGAGGCCGACACCGCGGCACUGACCGUCGUCUGUAAGAAGGAAGAUUAA